UGAUACAUUGUGCGGCCAGUCGUGAAGUAUUCAUCAUGCCCAGACACACCGAAGGCACGCAAUCGAGGAAACGAAAGGAUUGACCCCGUGGAACGUUCACCAUUUAGCUUCUUCCUUUUCUUCCUUAACUCCGGAGCAUCGAUUUAUGGGAUACUCGAACCGUCAUUUCCACCGCCCAUGCCUCCGGAACCUCCGCCCAGGAAAUAUGGGAUCUUUGUCACUCGACCUCCUGGCCAACGUCGUCCCGCAAUUGCAGCUGCGUCUACACCACCAAAAAUCGGAUUCAAGUAACUAUGCUUCUGUCGAGGCUUCCUCGGAAUCAGCAAUUUAUCAACAAACGGAAAAAUUGAUCUGGAGUGGUGGAGAUCGCCGACACAAUGAAAGAAGAAGGAAACGAUACGAUAAAUUUUGGAACAAUGCCACUUCGUCGCGAUUGAAUGUGAAGAAAUUGAACAGUGAAACUCUGAAAAACGUGACGCCCCUUACUAAAUCUUUGUUGGGUCUCGUCACUAUUUUCACGAAGGAGAAAUUUUAA